GCAGCGAGGAAGAACAACAUAACUCAUGUGCGAGCCCAUCGCGGCAAUGAUUGAAUUUAUCAAGCAAGCGAUGACGACGAAGAGGAGGAUGAAGAAGAACAGUGGAAGAGCGCAGUUGAUAAGCAAAGAGAGCAAGAGAGUUGUAGUGGUUGGUUGGUUGGUUGGCUGGACUGAAUUGGAAAUGGAUGCGGGUGAAGCAGUAUCACGGCGAACUCUGCUAGAGGCGGUACACACGAUACGGUUCCGGUCUUUGAAGUAGUUCUACAGUGAAGCUUCGUAGUGACGGUGUUCGGCGCGCGAUUUAUCUGUUGUUUGCCCUGGCAAAGUCGAGAUUUGCUGGCGUGGGGUAGUGACUUCGGUGUGUGAUUUAAGCGUGAUUUGAGCAGGUGAACCGUUAUGGCACAGCAAUCCAGCUGAAUCCAAGUAGCCAGUGUGAUUUUAUGCGUUUCGGUCAAUUCGGCAAAAAAUCCAAACCCCAGCAACCAUGAUGGAAGUGAGUGAAGUUCCGCAGCAGCAACCCCAGCAGCAAUCGCAGUUGCCGUUGGAUUUCAGUGUAACCAUGGUGAACAUCAAGCUGAACAAUGUGAACGUCAACGUGAACACCAACAACAACAGUAUCAGCAUACUGAACAAUAACAACAACGGUGCGAGUGGGUUCGGUAGUGGAGGGAAUGGUCGAAGUGGUGGCGAGGACCAGCAGCAGCACCAUCAUAGGGAUGCGAUGGGGUCCUUGCUGGCGGCACAUCAACAACAGCAACAGAACGGUGGUGGGGCUGCAGGAAGUGGUUGCGGCAAUGGCGGUGGCACCACGGCCGCGCUAACGAGUGCGUUCAAAGUGGUGCUGCCGCGGGGGAAAGCCGACGGUGCAUCUGCUCCGUCGAACGGCCUCUCGCCGCUGCUCAUCAACAACGAACUGCUGGUGAAUCACUACCGCCGAUUGCUGCAUCCGGCGGCGGCGGUUCCGCGGCUUCCCAGCGGCGCCACCUCCAACUCCAAUAACAACAACAACAACGGAUACGAAGAUGCUGUCGACGUGCAGAAGAUCCACCGAGAUGAAAUCAAGUUCGGCAUCAGCCGGCUGGUCAAGAACGAAUCCGAGGACGAAGACAAUAACAACGUGUACCACGUGGCGCAAGGUACGCUCGGGGCACCCCUCUCCAAUGGGUACGAUUCCAGCAGUCUCAGCGUACGAUCGCGAUCGCGCAGUAGAUCCCGGUCGAGGGACCGCUCGACGCGGUCACGGUCGUCCUCGAUCGAGCUAGAAGUGGACUCCCCGCCACCGCCACGGAUCGUGAGCGUUUCGCCCACCACGGACAUCAUCCCGCACAUCCCGAAGAACUCGGAAGCCUUCUCGGUGUCGGCCUUGCUGAAGCGCGAGGACGAACCCAAAUCCAAGUCGCCUUUGUCCAAUGGGUCGUUCGACUGCAUUAGGCCCAACUACAGCCAGUUCUACGAGCAGAGCCUGCUGAACCGACCGCUGUUUCAUCCGUUUCCGUUCUUCGCGAUGCUCCAGCAGCAAGGUCACCAACUAAAUCCCGCCCUUAGCAACUACCACCCCUCAACCCCGGAGGACAUCCUACGGUUGCGACACUUUAUGGCGCAGAACGCGGCGGCAGCCGCAAACGGUGCCAACUCCAACGGAGGACCACCCGUGCCGGGUCACCUGGACUUUAGCCACCCCCACCAUCCUCACCACCUGCUGAUGCGACCAGUGCAUGCCCGGAGGGCACACAACGGAAAGCGGCCGUACGCGUGCGAACUCUGCAACAAGACCUUUGGGCACGAGAUUAGUUUAAGUCAACACAGGGCUGUGCACAGUGUGGAGAAGGUGUUCGAGUGCAAACAGUGCGGCAAGGCGUUCAAGCGGUCGAGCACGCUGUCGACGCACCUGCUGAUCCACAGCGACACCCGGCCGUACCCGUGCGGGUUCUGCGGGAAGCGGUUCCACCAGAAGAGCGACAUGAAGAAGCACACGUAUAUCCACACCGGUGAAAAACCCCACAAAUGCCAGGUCUGCGGGAAGGCGUUCAGCCAGAGCUCGAACCUGAUAACGCACUCGCGCAAGCACACCGGCUACAAGCCCUUCCAGUGCGAGCUGUGCCACAAGGCGUUCCAGCGGAAGGUGGACCUGCGCCGCCACAAGGAGACCCAGCACACGGAACUGCGCGCCAUCGUCAACUAACCCAAGGCCCCACCGGGUGGUCUGCCAGUUCCGGCCGAGUACGGUCCACCGCCGCCACCACUGCUGGGACAGGUGGCGAGGGAGCUGCUGAUGGCUGGCCAGGAAGCUGGUGUGAUGGCCACGACCGCCGGAGAUGGCGAGUUCAUCGUGAUUGACUGAUUGAUCCUUUGGUGGAAAUUUUAAGAAGACAAAAUCAAAAAACCCGUUGUACACAAAUAUCUCGUCUAAGUUUAGUGUAGACACAAACCAAAGUAAAUCUUACGUGUUGAAUGUAAAGUGAAGUGUAAAUAUUCUAGAAAUAGCGAGCUAGAUGAAAAUUUAGUCUUUUUUGUUGAUCCUUUUAGUUGUAAUCUUAAUAUUAAACCCGUACUGUUUACUAUUAGCUAGGGAAUUUUAAUU